AGUGGAUAAAACCCCUACACACACAAAGAAAGAGAGAAAGAAUGAAAGCUUGAAAUCCUCCGACUCUGAUCGAAUGGAGGCCGUACAAUUCUCGACCGUUGCCUCCCGCCAUUUCUCCGCAGCUUCUCAUUCCUUCUCGACGAGCCGCAGAAGCUGGUGUUGCCGUGACAGUUCGAACGACGCGAGGAAACCGAGUCGAUUUCGCUCGUCGUGGACUGGUUCGAGCAGUCCCUCGUCGCUCUCUUCCAGAAACUUGUUUACUAGAGAAUUAUGGGGUUGGGUGAACUCCAAGAGUGUUACUGUGGGAAGAGGUACGCAUGGUGUUGUUGUGAGAGCUGAGAUGUUUGGGCAGCUCACGAGCGGGCUUGAGGCCGCCUGGAAUAAGCUCAAAGGAGAAGAGGUUUUGACCAAGGAAAAUAUAGUGGAGCCGAUGCGAGAUAUAAGGAGAGCACUUUUGGAAGCAGAUGUGAGCCUUCCUGUUGUACGGCGGUUUGUGCAAGAAAUUAGUGAGCAGGCUAUCGGUGUAGGGUUGAUUCGUGGGGUGAGACCAGAUCAGCAACUGGUUAAGAUUGUAAAUGAUGAGCUUGUGAAAUUGAUGGGUGGGGAGGUAUCUGAACUAGUUUUUGCAAAAUCUGGUCCCACUGUAAUACUAUUAGCUGGUCUACAAGGAGUCGGAAAAACAACUGUGUGCGCAAAAUUGGCUUAUUAUCUUAAGAAACAGGGAAAGAGUUGCAUGCUGGUUGCUGGAGAUGUGUAUAGACCAGCUGCUAUUGACCAACUUGUUAUUUUGGGUGAACAGGUGGAUGUGCCUGUUUAUACAGCGGGGACUGAGGUCAAACCUUCAGACAUAGCGAAGCAAGGUUUAGAAGAGGCCAAAAAGAAAAACAUAGAUGUAGUCGUAAUGGAUACUGCUGGAAGGCUUCAGAUAGACAAAGCCAUGAUGGAUGAGCUGAAAGAAGUGAAGCGGGCAUUGAAUCCCACAGAAGUUUUGCUUGUUGUUGAUGCAAUGACUGGACAAGAAGCUGCAGCUUUAGUGACAACAUUUAAUCUAGAGAUUGGGAUUACGGGAGCCAUUUUGACAAAACUGGAUGGGGAUUCUAGAGGUGGAGCUGCUUUGAGUGUUAAAGAGGUAUCAGGAAAGCCAAUCAAGCUUGUAGGGCGGGGAGAGCGUAUGGAGGACCUUGAACCUUUCUACCCAAAUCGUAUGGCAGGACGUAUCCUAGGAAUGGGAGAUGUCCUCUCCUUUGUGGAGAAGGCACAAGAAGUUAUGCGACAAGAAGAUGCUGAAGAGCUGCAAAAGAAGAUAAUGAGCGCAAAGUUUGACUUCAAUGAUUUCCUAAAGCAAACUCGAGCUGUUGCACGUAUGGGUUCCAUGACUCGUGUUAUAGGAAUGAUCCCUGGUAUGGGUAAGGUUACUCCUGCACAAAUUCGAGAAGCAGAGAAGAGUUUGAAGAUAAUGGAAGCAAUGAUUGAAGCAAUGACCCCUGAGGAAAGAGAGAAGCCAGAAUUGUUGGCAGAAUCUCCUGUCAGGAGGAAAAGAGUUGCUCAAGAGUCUGGGAAAACAGAGCAGCAGGUGAACCAACUUGUCGCUCAACUUUUCCAAAUGCGUGUUCGUAUGAAGAAUUUGAUGGGUGUAAUGGAAGGUGGAUCCAUUCCUGCGCUGAGCAAUCUUGAGGAGGCCCUCAAAACUGAGCAGAAGGCUCCUCCUGGUACUGCAAGGAGAAAGAGGAGAUCAGAAUCAAGGAGGCAGUUUGUAAACUCAGCAUCAACAAGGCCAAAUCCUCGUGGUUUUGGAGCUGGGAACUAAAAGCCACGAGGGUGCUGCGAUGGAGAUUCAGGGCUCUCAAUUUGCUACUCUGGCGAGAUGCCUAUACCAACGUUUUUGAAGGUGAAUUAUCCGAGGUUCUUUGAGCUGGGCGACUUCAUUCUUUUUUCUUUUUCUUAUCACCAGUGUGGUACUUGUGCUAAUGAUGUUCCUGCAAGUCCAUGUAACCAAACCUCAAUCUCUUGCUUACAAGUUUAGAUGUGUAUUCGUAGUGCAUCAUUGCUUGA